UGUUCUGAAUAUACGGAACCCAAUCCCCUUUAAAUCGAUUGUUUCACAAUGGCUUCCGCUCGCAUAUCUUCUACUUCCCCCCUUCACUUCACAUUUUCAUCGCCGGCGCCUCCUUUUCUCCACAAUCUCUCUCAUUCCCUUCCGAAUAAUUUUUCAUGCUCUAAUAGGCGGCAGCCACGUACCAGAUUCUUGUCAUUGAAGGCGCAAGCCACAGCAGAAAAGAAAGCUCCUUUGGACAACAGAAUGCUGGUAUUCGUACCUCCUCAUCCUUUGAUCAAGCACUGGGUCUCAGUGCUUAGAAACGAGGAAACACCAUGCCCCAUCUUCAAGAAUGCCAUGGCUGAGCUGGGAAGGCUUCUUAUGUAUGAAGCAUCAAGGGAUUGGCUGCCUACAAUUUCAGGGGAGAUUCAGUCCCCACUUGGGCCUGCUACAGUUGAAUUUAUUGAUCCAAGAGAACCUGUAGCGGUUGUUCCUAUUCUGAGAGCUGGGCUUGCUCUUGCAGAACAUGCAGCAUCCAUCUUACCAGCAACCAAGACAUACCACCUAGGUAUUAGCAGAAAUGAGGAGACACUUGAAGCAUCCGUGUAUUUGAACAAGUUACCUGACAAAUUUCGUGCAGGAACUCGAGUGUUUAUUGUAGAUCCUAUGCUAGCAACAGGUGGCACGAUUAUGGCAGCCAUUGAUCUGAUUAAGGAUCGUGGAGUUGCCCAACCAGCAUAUCAAAGUGGUAUCUGCCGUGACUUGCCCUCCAGCCCUCCAAAAGCUGAGUGA